AACUGCGAGAUCACACGUUGUCAUUUCUUCACAAUGGCGACCUACGCAGCCGUGAAGUACGGAAGAAACUAGACGGGAAGGGUUCCCUUCCCAAGUGUAAAUCAAUAGAGUGUUCGAGAAAUAAGGAAACAUCAAGGUUUGAAGACUUUACUCUGGAAAGUAGAAGAAGAUCUGUUGUGAAAUAAGGGCUCAAAUUUGAAUCGGCGUAGAAGUGAGUAACCGGCGAAAUUUUAACCUACUUACAUCAAAGCAACGUAAUUUCGUCAUCUAUUGUGAAACACUCGUUUACACUUGGUAUGGAAAUACUUCGAAUCGAGACUUUUGUCACGCACCUUUCAUCCAUUUGACUAGGAACGGACUCGGUUUAUCAUUUGUCUGCAACACAUGUAUGGAACAUAUGCACGCGGAAAUAGUUGUUACUUUCUAAGCAAACAAAGCAGUUAUCAAAACUGACGUCAUUUUUUUCAUGUACAUUCAUGCUGCUGGAAUCAUCUAACACAGUGCAUUGAUGGACUAACUAAAAGGCAAUAUUUUUCAUGUUAUAUUAAUGUUAUCAUAAUAGCAUCACUAGUUAACAAAUGUUUUGAUUGUAUGAUAUAAACUUGAUCUGUGAUAAAAGCGAAAGUUGAGUUUCAAACCUCGACAUAUCUGUGAUAUUUAGAAUCUAUUUAUGAGUCUAAUAAGACAAAGGCCCCGACUACAAAUUCGAAGUCAUGGGCCUAAACAACGGAAGACAGAACAAUUGGUUAAAGACUUAACACUAACUGGAGGGUGUUUGACUCCAGAGAUACAACUUACAAAACCUCAGUUUCCAGCAAAGCCAAAGGCAGAAAAUCAGGGCAAAGUCUAUAAGAUUGGAAGAUUCUUGUUAGAACACACAGAAGGAGAAACUUACAAGGCUUGCGAUUGUACGACUGGAGAGGAAAAGAUAUGCAAGGAGUUCCAGAUUCACAAAUAUCGUGAGUCUCUCAGCGCAUAUUGGUUGGUUGAUGCACACGAAAACAUUAGCAGUAUUUCUGAAAUUAUUCUCGGGGAAACGAAGGCAUAUGUCUUCUUUGACUGUCACUAUGGUGACCUACAUUCUUACGUUAGACAGAAGAAAAAGCUGAAAGAGGAUGAGGCGGCCAACUUGUUCCGACAGAUUGUUGCGGCUGUAAAACACUGCCACGACAGCGGCGUUAUUCUAAGAGAUCUCAAACUACGCAAAUUCGUCUUUAAAAAUAAAGAAAGAACCGAGCUGCGAUUGGACAGUUUGGAAGAUGCUUGCAUUCUGGAACAGGAAGACGACGAUCGGCUUUCAGAUAAACAUGGCUGUCCAGCUUAUGUUAGUCCGGAAAUCUUGAACCACAACACUCCGACAUACAGCGGCAGGGCAGCCGACAUUUGGAGCUUGGGCGUCAUGCUUUACACCAUUCUUGUUGGACGUUAUCCUUUCCACGAUGCUGAGCCAACUAUUCUCUUUUCUAAAAUACGAAGGGGCCAGUACCUAUUACCUCCGUCGUUAUCAUCGAAGGUUAAAUGCCUGUUAAAGAGUGUUCUACGUCAGGAGCCGGAUUUACGCCUCUCGGCAGAAGAAUGCCUAAGUCAUCCUUGGCUUAAUCAGGGUUCUCGUUCGAAUGGAUUUGUAACAAUUAGUAACAAAUUUAACGAUCAAACAGUACCUGAAGUUGUAUUGGACACUUUUGAACACGACUUUUUUACCUGAGUUUUAUAACCUGCUAUUAAGUUUAUACAGAACCGUUAGAUAUUUAACAAAUUGUUUUUGCGAUUGUUAAUUUCUACACAGCUGCCAUUGUUUCCAUGGUUACCUGUAUUGGCUGUUAAUAUUGAGGCAAACACUGUAUACAUGUUGGCAAUGUAUGUAACUUAUUGCAGUAAAAAUAAAAAUAUUUGAAUAACAUCUUUUGUUACGAAUUAGAAUUGAAAUAUCAUUAACAGAACAAAAGUUCAAACAAACUGUCCAUCUUGUUUUGCAUUCCGUUAGUUAAUGUAUUAAGAAAUGUUACACACAGUAUUGGUAAAAGGAAGACUAUUCUUUUAUUUAUUUAUUUUGGAGGAAACUGGUAUGUUUUUUCAAAAAUGGAAAUAGUUUUAACUGGUAUGAUGUUUAAACCAAUGAAAAUAUUGUAGCAAUAUAAUUUCCUUAAUACUUUGUUCAUGUUAUCAGAAGUUAGAACGAUAUUUUAUCAAUAUGAAUGAAGCACAUGCCCUCAAAUUUCUAUUGAUAAUAAAUAUAAUUAAUAUUUUCCCAUUCGAAGGCAAUAAGUAAAAUGAAAUGGUGACAUUAUUUUUUGAAAAUUAAUAUAGUUUCCAAAGUCUUUGUAUUAGUUAGUUUAUUUAUUGUAGGCAGUAGAUUAUAGUGUACCUAUCAAUGUUUAGCCCCACCAUGGAGGGGUGGGGGGAGGGGGCAUAUAAAGGACUUUAGUUAGGAAUUUGACAGGCCUGGUGGUAUCACAACUUGAAUUGAAAGUUAACUUGUCUUGAUUAUCUUUGAAUUCAAAGGAUCUUUGAGGCCUUGAAUACGGACGACCCAAAUGAAUUUGACCAAUUACCCUGCUCCAGGAGUGGGAAUAACCGUUUUAGGCAAUAAAAUUGUUGUCUGAAUAUCCUGGGUAUGCCUGUUUCCCCAACUCCUAAUGGGGCAAAGAUUGAUAGGUACACAUGUGUUGUAUCUCUCUAUUUAUACUAAAUAUAGUUGAAACAAGAAUUGAUCUGGGUUUUUUGAAAGUGCUAAAUUUGUUAAAAUGUUCCAAUAUUAUUGUUAACCAACAUUUUCAAUCAUGUUUUUUUCCUUCAAAAGAAAGAGGUCAUUUUUGAAGCCUGCUAAAAUGACAUUGCCAACAUUGUUAACUUGAGUCAAGAAAUAUUUUGGUAACAAAUAUGUUACGUGUACUUGUUACUUUAUAUAACUUGUCUUACAUUAUUUUUUUAAUAGAAUAUGCACGAUUUCUCUUUAAUUAAUGUACACAUUUCUUAAGUAUUCAGUGUUUUCUCUCUGCUCUUUGUGUAAAUUAAUCGGUGGCACCUGUUAUAAUUUGCAAAAUGCAAAGAUUUUCAUUGAUAUUUUAACAAAACAGUGCACUUGUGUUGACUGAUAAGAAAACCUCCGUUCAGUUUUUUAAAGACAAAUAUUGAAUCGUUUACUUCCUGCAAAAAAAUAAUCAGCAAAAAAUAUGUUUUAAUGUUCAAUUCAAACCUGCUGAUGAAUAAUCUUCUGCUAUAGAAAGUAGCAAAUGGUUACAAAAAUACAUUCAUUGCCUCGAUAAUUCCAACACGCAAAACAGGUUAUGAUUUUCUAAACGUCUUCACAAUUAUCUGAUAUAACUUCAGGCACUAUUUCUGGGUCGUAUUUUAUCACAAACAUACAACAAACAUACAUGUUUUUUGUUUUUUUUGUUAACCAAUCAAAAUGUAUAUUUUUAUACACACAUGUUAUGAUAUACUUGUCGAAAGUAGCGAUCAAAUCUAUGGGUAUGGGCUUACUAUGUACCAUCUAGGAAUGUUUAAAAAAGCUGUUAUAUAAUAAUUUGUUGUUAGUUUGUUGAUGAGACCAGUUUGUCGACGUAAUGGACCCUAUGGCUUUGUCAUUAACUGGUGUGUUGUUGAUCACCCCCUUUCAUGUUUGUGUUGUUAAAUCAUAUUUAAACCGAGACCGUUACUUUAUGUCAAAUGUGCGAAGGGUACGUUACGAGGGAAAAUGUGUUUUUCCUGAGUUACUUGCUUUUAUCAAAAUACCAAAAGAGGAAAUAAAUAAGAUAAAAUGAU